CCUGGUAUAAAACACACAGCAUGCUAGGAAGAUAGCUCAAGAGCUUGUAUCCAUAUAGAUCGUACAGAAUUAGCUGGACUGGAACUAAAAAUGUUCUUUAGUAAAACUAAAAGACUGGCCUACUUGAAUUAAUUUCUGGACUAUACACUGUUCUGCUUUGUAGCUCUGUUUCUUUUUCUUUCCUUUCUUUAAUUUAUUUGCUGUGCUUUUAGAUCCUGUGAAGAUGGACAUGGAGCUGAAGAUGAUCACAGUAUUUUGGGGGGUGAUUUUAAUAGUUCAAAGCAGCUUUGGGACAAGAGUUGUUAGCGGUCAGACUGUGUGUUACGGUGGACCAAAGCACCCAUGUUACAAGAUUGCCUAUUUCCCAGAUAUGUCAAGCAGGGUAGCCUUCAAAGAGGCCCGGAAUGCCUGUGAGAUUGAUGGUGGGGCCCUUCUAAGCAUAGAUAGCGAGGCUGAGCAGAGGCUUAUAGAAAAACUCUUGCAGAACCUGACGCUGUCAGGCUCAGGGAUUUUUGAUGGAGACUUCUGGAUUGGACUGACUAGAAAUGGGGAAGGCCAUGGACAUAACACUUUCACUGGCUGCCCAGACCUCUACAAGUGGACAGACGGAAGUGUCUCAGAAUUCAGAAACUGGUAUUACGAUGAGCCUUCUUGUGGCGGGGAAGCGUGUGUAGUGAUGUACCAUCAGCCAACUGCACAGCAUGGACUUGGAGGUGCAUAUCUUUACCAGUGGAACGAUGACAGGUGCAACAUGAAGCACAACUUUAUCUGCAAGUAUGAACCAGAAACUUCACCAACCAAGACACCUGCAAAAAAUGAUCCACCCAGCAAGCCUGAGGAAGAUGCGCAACAUGUUUCAGGAUCCUCAGGUUUACUUCUUAUUUACGUUAUUAUUCCAACCAUACCUUUGCUGCUGUUGAUACUAGUGGCCUCAGGGACCUGCUGUUUCCAAAUGUUAAGCAAAAGCAAACCACGAACCAAAACCAACCAGGACCAGUCAACACUUUGGAUUUCAAAGAGCCAGAAGAAAGAAAACGGCAUGGAAGUUUAACUAGCAUAUGAUCUUGAAAACUGUACGCUGACUUUCCUGAUCUCUGCCUGGCAGCUUGGAAUUGCUUCACAUACAAAUAAGGCUCUGGAAUAUACAGUACAGCUGAACAAAUGCAAACCAAGGAAAGAACUGUGAGAGAGGAGCAGAGAAUGAAAACGCUUGACAGUUAUGGUUCACCUGGAUAAUAGUGUAUUGUCUUGAUCAACUUCUUGCCUGAAAGGAAAAUACCCCAAACCCUUAACAAUAAUAAACAGUUAGUUACUUGCUGGGGGUGUGUGGGUAUGGUCAGGAUGAUGAUAUUCUAUUUUAUACUGUAUGGAUUGUAUUUGUCUCCUAAAAUGUCAAAGCUACACCUCAGUGUGUUAGGAAUGAAGAAAGCACAUAUCUGAAUAUUCUUUUAACUAAAUAUUGGCUGCUUUAUCUUUGGUACGGUAUAACAAUAAUUUCCAGAUUUCAUUUUUAUUUGUGUUUGCAAACAUUAAUUGAAGAGAAAUUAGCACUUUUUAAACUCGUUGACAUAACACAUAUUGCCAUCUACUCACAUUAUGUUUUCUUGUAGAAUUGCUACAUCUACUAAUGCUUGAAGGUCAUGUACUGAAAAAACAGGCAAAAACCACACUGAAAAUGUGCUGCUCACCUAUGUCUCUUUCACUUCUCUGAGAAAUGCUUGAGUCAUGUUUCCUUCUGAGCAUUUAAAGAGAGAUAUAUUUAAACGGACACACAAGAAAUACAAAAUAAAUACUUGUUAUUCUAAUACUGAAAUGUAUCUGAAGAUUUUUUUUAUCCACUGAAGAAUAAAUUCCAUCCUGUGUCAUUUUCCUAACCUGCUUGACUUCAAUAGAGAAAAUGAACACAUAGGAUGAAGUUUAUUGCAGUGUAUUUACACAUAGUUUAAAUGUGAAUAUGACAAUUUUCAGAUAAAUACAUAUGUGCAGUUUUCUGUUGAAUGUUCACUUAAAUUGUCUUGUAUUUCUCUUUUGAGUCUCAAUUAUGUCUCCAAUAGUGGUUUUAGUAGAAACGUUUCAGACCAAUCUCAUUCAAAUUAGUAGAAAACAAGAUUCUCGAGCAUUUCUCAGAGAAGUGAAAGACCUAGACCAUCUGGGAAAUGCUUGUUGGUGACAGAUUGAAAAUGUCAUAUGCAAUAGGCCAGCUGGAUGAUGCUGUCUAGGGUGCGUUCUUCUCUGUGUUAUAUUUUAUGUGUGAUUAAAUAUUACUCAGAAAUUGACAUUUAAAACCACACGCAAUUCUAAGGACAAUAUUCUCCUAAAUACUACCAUGAGGAUGCGUAGUGUAUACUUUAUACAGUAUAUUGCACCCUUCAUGCCAGUAAACCUCAGAAUCAAUUUUCUUUUCUUUUAUACAACUGAAAGAGAGAGGUGCCACCUGUCUGAAACAGCCACGCAUGUUCAGUGUUGGUUACUGGUUCAUUCAGGUUUUAUGUAGAAUACUUAGAAUAAUUAGUAUAACACAGUUUCCAGCUUUGGAUAUUCUCAGAGAAAAUUCCACCUUCAUUUAAUCUGUCACUAUAUUGUAAAUAGAAAUAAACGUAUGUAUAGGUGUAUAUGUGCUUGCACCAUAAUAAAGAAACCUUAUUUGAAAUCUGAUUGCCCUUGGUACAUGUCACAGCUUUUAUUAUGGCAUACAAUUAUAGCAAGUUACAUUUUCAACAAUCUUUAACAUUUUACUGGUUCACAUGAUUGAUCGUGUUUUUAUGAUUUGGGGUUAGAAAAAAAACCUAAGAAGGUUAAGAUCCAGGAUGCUAAUUUGCAUACGGUAUCAUAAAUUUGGCAACAGUAGACAAGAACACAGUGCCUCCUUGCCAAGACAGCAUACUUGUCAACAUUUGGAAACUUGAGCGGGACGCUUGUCCCCUUGACGUAUCCCCUCAACUCAACACCGCACGACCAACAUGACAGUAAACACAGACACAAUGAAGCGUUCUUACAUUUGUAUACCGGUGAGUUAGUGAUCAGCAGAUGUGUCAGCCUCACGAAGUGCACAGCAUGUGGUUUUCACUAACUCUACUGUGCAGAAUAGAUGAAUUUUUUUCUAUGUGUAAAUAUCAGGACUUUCUUCCUAUGCAUCGGGACGUGGGACGUGAAAUCAGGACUGUCCCAACCAUAUAGGGACUGUUGGCAUGUAUGAGACGGUACCAGAAGGUGGCAUCAAAACUCACUUACUGUAAGCUUUAAGUGUCAUAUUUAAAAGCAUCUUGUUGAAAUGGUUGCAUCUAUUUUUUAUUCACCAUCUUAGUAAGUGAAGAGUUAUCAGUUCAACCUAAUAUAAAUAAAAAUAGGAUGUUAUAUAAUAUUCAUGGCAAAUUAAAUAUUAAAAAUAAAAUACAUCAUAUACUGGCACUUCUGCUUUUGGCUCUUCUUGGUUACAUAUAGAAAAUUAUAAAUAUGCCUUAAAUACAUAGUACACAUCUCAUUAGUUCUCGAAACAAACACUGUGUUCCUGUCAUCAAGCAGAACUACGUGUCCUGAAGAAACAGCUUUGUGUUAUUUUGUUUUUCACAUGUUGUAGUGGUGCAGUGAUCAUUUGUACCACACUUGAAAUGGACAAAAUAUUAUACUGUACUGUGAUUGUUACCACAGCAAAGAAACAUGCAUAUUAUUAAUAGCAUGUUGUUAUAGCAUUUACUAUGUUACUGUAAUGCUGCCAAAAUUGUGAUAUAUGAAGAAUUACAGUCAAAAUGCUAAUGUCUCUGAAAUGCAAUUGAAAAGCUGAAUUUUAAAUCUGGUCUUAUGAAAUGGGGGGCCUGUGUGGUUUUGGUCUACAUUUUGACAAAGCAACUGGGCAUGAAAUGAUGAUGGCAACAGUCCCCUGUCUAAGAUGGGAUAUCAAAGGUAAAAUGUUUAAAGGGACAGUGCCUCUCUGUGAAGCAGGACACAUAAUACUGUAGUUAACACUACAGGUUUCAACAAAUUAACUUUGACAAAACUGUCUCCCUCUCUGGUAUAAGCACCUCAGUUUGUUGUCUCUAAGUUGUAAUCAUCUGCAAAUACAGUGCCGGCACAAAUCAUGGAAACAACACAUGAUUUACAACAAGACUAGGGAUGGCCAGUGUAUUGCCUAUUUUUCUUCAUUCAGACCAAAUACCUUGGUAUCUCUGAAUAGAUAAUCGUCUCAUCUUUAACAAGCAAUUCAUCUCACACGUAUAACAGCACCACAAAAUGUUACCUUUUUUUCUUGGUAAGCAGUACACCUGGGAAUGGGGGUUUGUUGCUGGAUAACUUUAUUCAGAUUACUAGACAAGUAACUAUUCAGGGAUACCAAGAUAUUUAGUAAGCAAGUAGUUUGGAUGAGGUUAUCCAGUAACAACUCCCCAUCGCCAGUUGCACUGCUUUCCUAGGAAAAGGGGAACAUUUCAGGCUACAAU